UCUUUUAUGCUACAAAUUCUAAGUAGUUGGCCAUAGUAAAAGCAAAAGGAGAUCGAGAUUCUGAUUCUGAUUCUUCGACUAAAAAAGAGAACUUUCAUGCACAAUAUCUCCUAAAUAAUUCCAUGGAAGAACCGUCAAUGUCUAAAUGAUCAACUCACUAACCCAUAACAACACUCAGCUAAAUGCGUCACAUGCCUUCAUUCCAUUAUAUCUAGGAGAGAAAUCGAAUCGCAAUUCUCAAUACAACACAAGGGCAACAUUUCUG